GCACCUGCGCGUCGCCGGCCCCGACGCACUGAAUCGACGCCGCCCGGAGCUGGUCCGCUGGCCGCACGCAGGGGCGCAGGGCUCGCACCGGCCAGAGGGGCCGCGCUGAGGGGGCCCGGCGCUGCCCCUGCCCCUGGAGGCCGGGCGCGGAAGAGGCUAGUUUGACGCGCAGAGCGCAGGGAGAGUGUCCACGGCGGCCCAGGCCGGGUCCCGAGGUCAAAGGUCCCAAAGCCUGAAGCGUUAGCGGAGCGGGGCUCGCGAGUGGAGUCCUUCUCGCCGCCUGUACCGGGGGAGUCGUUUGCCGAAAGCGGGCCGCAAGGAGAAGCGUGGCUCCAGGGCCGCGGCCAACGAAAGAAGACACACGAGUUUCCGACCGAGCGGCUGUGUGGCGGGAGCAAGGCCGGCGUCCAAGAGAACAGUUAGGGCCCGAGCGUGCAGAGCGGCGGCGGAGGUCCUGGCUCUACUUCUUCUACCACCACAAGCUUCAGCAUGGCAGAAUCUCUCACCACUUUCUCUGAUCCGAGGACAGAAAUGAGCAUUCUGGAAAUCAACCAGUACUUGUGCUCCCAGCUGGAAAAAAAUGAACAGAACUUCCGAGACCUCAUGGAGAAAUUCCUCACAUCCAAAGCUACUGCUUACACCCUGGCCAACCAGCUGCAGAAAUACAAGUGUGAAGAGUACAAAGGCCUCAUCGAAUCCGUGCUGGAGGAAGAAGUACAGUUUGACAGGCAGCUGGCAGAGAAGAUGACACCAGCUGCAAGGCUUGGGAAAUAUGAUCCCCUAAUUCAGGCUCAGGCGCGAGAACUGACCCACUUACGACAGAGGAUACAGGAAGGGAAAGGUAUCUGUUAUCUUUUCAUUCAGCAUACAAAGAGCACGGUCAAGUCUUUUGAAGCCCUCUUCAGGAGCACUGGCAUUGCCCGCUACCAGGGACAGAGAUUCUGUGAACAACUGGCCCAAGGAAGCCAACUGGCAGAGAACCUUGCCAGCAAACUCACCACUGAAAAUCACAAUGAUAAGAAGGAUGAAGAUGGACAGGAGCCUCUGGCACCCAGGCUCAGGAGGGAGCUCCAGGAGGAAGAAGAGAAUGAAGUCUCGGAAGACUCACUAGGUGAACGGUAUUUGACUCAUUCCAGUCGCUGUGACUCUCACCAGCCUCCCAGCAGCAGUGCCUUCCCCUCUGAUGUGCAGGAAGCCAGCUCUGCUGCGGAAGUCACCGAAGAUGAGAUCCAGAGCCUGCACCAGCACCUGAAGGAAAUUAUUUUCAUCAAUGACUGCCUUCAAGAAAAGCUGGAACAUCAUCUCAGCAUUUCUGACCAAGGAAAUGGAUACACGUCUAACCUCAACAGGCAGAGCUUGGAGUCUGUUGCCCAGCUGUACAAUGAAAACAGAGGUAUCAGGGGGAAAAGUCUGAGCCUUUUGGCUCACCUGAAUCGUAUUUCCAGAGGUAAGAACUAAUAGUGGAAAUAUGAAAAGUUCUUAUUUCAACAAAGCUUAGUCAUAAAUAGUUCCCCCAUUGAUGAGAAAAGCUAAGACAACAAAACAGUGAAAUUCCCAAAUCUGAAAGCAAGAAACCUUCAUCUCUAAGAAUCAAAUUUCACAGCCACUCUAGAUUUUUACUCCAAAUGGAUAGUUUGAUUGCAGAAAUCACAGCUCUUCAGCCUGCAAAUUUGACAACUACGUAAGAGACACCAAUACCUAGAUUCACAGAUGAUCUUGAGAUGCCUAACCCUUUUCUCUCUCCACCCCCAUCCUGUGCAUAACUGGAGUCAGCAGCAGCUGGAAGAAAAUGUCAAGGACUUGGGUCAAGAAUAAGGCAGAAUAAUGUCAUGGCAGACUAUUCAGCUCUUCAGCACAUGUCCAUUUCCUUGAAGGAUGAAAGUUUAGAAUCUCAAAGAAUAAGGGUUAUUUUAUAUACAUUCUGUUGCCUGUCAUUUUUUUUUAACAAAUCAAAAUUACAAAGUUUUCUUUCUCCAGCUAACAACAGGAAACUCAAUAUGUCCACUAUAUUUAUAUCCCAGAGUGACAGCAACCAAGUCUGGGUGCAUCACUUCAUUCCAAAAUUAAAUGUUAUUGAACACCUGGUACUAAAUACAAAAACUACAUUGUGUCUCACACUCUGGGAACUGAGAUAACUCAGGCAGAAAAAUCUGCCUUCACAGGCAUCUGUAAACAGAGCAGCAGUCUCAUACAUGUCUACCUGUGGGGGACCCCAAAAAAGGAUGAUAGAAUCACUGCCAGAGAAGGAUCCUGAGAGUUUUUGUUCACUCUUGUACUUCUGUAUAGGUCUAGCAAAAGUUGCAUCCUAGAGGUCUCUGUUUAGAAUACACAGGGAGAAAUAGUAUAUCUACAGGAACUGGUAGGUUUCGGAUAACUCCACUCUCAUUUGGAGCUUUUUUCUGAAAAUAAUUUCUGAAAAUAACUACCCAUUGAUUUGUCUUUUGCAAUUAAAUAUAAAAGCCAGACAUCUUAUUCUGAAGCUUUGAAACAUAUAAAGUAGCCUCAAACUUAUCAGAUUUCCAGGCUUGAAGGCUGAUUAAUGUAAGAAGGACAAAUCCUGGAUGGCAGGAAAGGAUCCUUUGAUGGGUGUAUACAGCAAACUAGUGAUUUAACCUUUUCUUGUACUGGUAGGUAGUAUUGAGGACUGCCAUACCCUCCUGCAAGUGGGAGACACAUAAAAGGCCAAUUUUUAGUCCAGGACUCAGAUAGCUGUUCAGUGUCACAUAUUUUACAAUCAAUGUCCCUCAAAAUUAUUUACUUUGAAACAUUUCAAACCUCCAGAAAAGUUGGAAGAAUACAAUUAUCACCUUCAUUCUGUUCAUCUCAAUUCAACAAUUAACAUUCAUUUCUCCUUUUCUCUGUCUACAUAGACCCACACCUGCAUUCCUAUUACUUUAGUAAAUGCAAGCCCACUUCACCCCUAAAUACUUCAGCAUGUAUUUCCUGAUAUUAAGGGCAUUAUCCUAUAUAACCAUAAUACAAUUCAAUUAUCAAAUCUAAGGACAAUAUUAAAUCAAUAACAUCUAAUAUAUGCUGCGUAAAUUUUCCCAUUGUUUAAAAAAUGUCAUAGCUAUAUACACAUGUAUGUAUAUAGAUAGAGAUGCAUUUAAUAUCUGUGUCUAUAUCAUAUAUAUACGAGAGAGAUUAAGGAUUAAGAGUGUGUGUUGUGAUACCGAUAUUUCCC